AUAAAAUAAUCCAAGAAUAUUUUUAACAGCCUAAUAUUUACAUGAAUUGUUUUUGAGUAUUUUGUUACUCAUUAAACUGUAAAAUGUUCCUUCUGUUUAUUUUGUUUUUCUUCAAUACAAAAAAUAUCGAAGCACAAGCUCCUUGCAUUUGCAAUUCAACAAAGAUAACAGAAUUGCAUAUCUGUACGUCGUGGGCUAAAGCGGAUAUACUUGCCAACUUUAAUGGAACUUGUUAUGGAGAAAAAUUAUUUGAGGCUAUAAAGUAUAUUAAAGGAAAGAUUGUUAAGUUGGGUGAAACAUCAAAAUUGUUUGAAAAAUGUCGCGAACAACUUUUAAAUGAAAUAACUUUGAAACAAAAUCCAGUUUUUGAUGAGUACGACGCUUGCACAGUUGACAUCUAUUGCCAAAUAGACAAACUAAAAAACAUGCUCAAAAUAAAAAUAUCAGAACUUGAAAAAGAAUCGGAUAACGAAAAAUCGACUUUUGGCGACUAUGCUGCUGGUCUAUAUGAAAAAUUAUGGCAAAAAAUUUAAAAUCAAAAAAACGACUACGACGACAAUUUGAACGUUAUGAUCGAGCUUUCUUAAGACGAUUGGUACAAAAAGAGACGAUUGGUAUAAAAACAAGUUGACCGUUAUUCUAACGCAUUUCGAAUACAAAAGAUAUUCAAUUCAUGCUUUUUUCGAAUGCAUGGGAUUUUUUUAGUAUAGCAGUAAAAAAUGUUUUUAAAAACGAAGUAUAUGUUUUGAAAAUUCUAAA